UCCGCAAACUUAUUUCCAAUCUGCUAACAAAAUCAGGGUUUUGAUAAACAAGGAGGGGUUCUUUCUCGAAAAAACAAGAUCAGGAAAAGAAGACAGUGAUGGGAACCACCGAAAUCGAAAAAACCGAACAAGAACUUCGAAAAGAGAUCGAAGAGCUUCACCGUCAACAAUGGCAGAUUACAGAAAGACUCCGUGACCCUAGAGGUAUCCGAAGAGGAGGUGUUGCUGGUUCAGGUGCUCGUAAUCAAUCGGCUUUGGGUCCACGUCAACGUGGCUUUGUUAGACCUGCGGAUAGGAACGAAGACGACCAACCAGCGCGGAAAAGGCGGCUUUCGUCUACUGUUGUUAGGAUUGAAGAAGGGGAGAUUAUUGAGGAUAGCGUGGAUGCUUCUAAAGGUGAAGAUGGCAAUAAAGAAACGAGUUUGGAAGUGGCUGGAUUGGGAGGCGACGGUGAUAUUCAGGAUAGUAGAAAGGGGCCGAGUUGGGCUAGAAGGAAGAUGGAUUCUGAAGUUCCUCCGUCGGACAAUGUUCCUAGAAUAUUACCGAAAAAUGAAGAUCCUAGUCUGGUUAAUAGGAAUAGAAGAAUGCUUGGACAGCUUCUUGGAACUCUGGAGAAAUUCAGGAAAGAAGACGUGAAACUCUCUGGCUCAGAGGCUUUUAUGAGGAGAUCUGAUUCUUUGAAAAAAGCUGAGCAAAGAGCGCGUGAAGAAAGUGAGAGACUGAGGCUACAAGAGCGUGAACAAAUUGCAGAAAAGAGGAGAAGAGACUUGACGCUUAGAGCACGUGUUGCUGCCAAGGCAGAAGAGAAGAAAUUGGAACUGCUGUUUCUUCAGUGGAGUGAGCAUCACAAAAAACUUGGCAAUUUUUUAAGGACCAAGGCAGAGCCCCCUAUAUAUUACUCAUUUGCCAAAGAGCUUGAUGAAGAUUCAGCCCUACGUGAGGAACGGAAAGAGCAGACAUUCCAAGAGUGGAAGGCUGCUAGGAGAGAAGAAUUGUCUCAAUACCAACAACAAAUUGGUGAGCAAUUUGUUGCCAAUGUUGAAAAGGAGCUUGAAAAGUGGCAAAAUGGGAGACAAAAAAGAAACGGAAACAACGAUAUGUUGAACUUACAAGAAACAAUGGACAAAGAACUCGAGACUCAUAGACUUGAACAUGGCCCCAAAACACGCAAGAUCCCUGGCGCCGUUAACAACGAUGACGAGGAUGACGUAGAAGAUAUCAAUGUUGGUGAGGAUGACAUGAUGGAUGAUGUGCUGGAUGUCGAUGACAGCAGAAGAGUUGAAGAAACUACAAAGCUUGAAGCAGGUACUCUAAGCCCACCUCCAGUAAUGAAAGAAUAAUUAGUUAUUGAAUCUGGUUUUGUCUGCCUACUUUAAUUCACUUGUUUUUGUUACAUUAAUGUUACAAUUUUGUGCCUGUGAACUUUUUUUUUACUGCAGUUUUGUUGUAAACUUGUAACUGACUUAUUUAGUAAAAACAUUGGGUAAGUUUAAACAUAUAAACUAAUGAAAAUACGGCCUGCAGAUCAUUUAUGUGCA